AUGUUGUCAUUGAAGGGAACUCUCAUCCUGCUGUUGCUGUUCUUUAGCAGUUUCUUUGGCAGUAUCUUCAUGUUGGCUCCCUUUCUUCCCAUCAUGCUGCUGUCCCCGGCCUGUUAUCGCUGGAUCACUGAGCGUAUUGUUGCUAUCUGGCUCACCCUUCCUGUGGCUCUGUUGGAGAUGGUGCUUGGUGUGAGAGUGGUCAUCACUGGGGAUGGCUUCGUGCCUGGUGAGCGCAGUGUGAUCAUCAUGAACCAUCGAACACGCCUGGACUGGAUGUAUCUGUGGAGUUGUCUGCUGCGAUACAGCUACCUCAGAAUGGAAAAGAUCUGCCUCAAGUCAUCCCUCAAAUCCAUUCCGGGCUUUGGCUGGGCAAUGCAGAUGGCAGCAUUUAUCUUUGUCCGGAGGAAUUGGGAAGAGGACCAGGAGUACCUCAGAGACAUGUUGGACUACCUGUGUGAUAUCAAGCAUCCUCUGCAGCUUCUUAUGUUCCCCGAGGGCACAGAUCUCACAG